AUACGUUGUGUACAUAACACUACCUUGUUAUAGGCUGUUUACAAUUUAAUAUUAUUUCUAGCUAACUCCUAACGCUUUACUAACGUUGUUUGCAGCUAACCAAGCUAUGCUCAGUCAGUCUGAAGAUUCCUCAAGUUCUAUAAGGCAAGAAACAGAUUCUAUUUCUACGGAAUUCAAUUGUUUGGAAGGCGAAGACGACCCGUUUAUAAACAGUCUAUGGGGAAUACACAAAACUUUAGAUGCUCUGCGUGGAAACAUGAACAAACAACAACUGGACAGCGGAGAUACCGUGGAAGAGUCGUCUGAUGUCGAAGAGACAGUCCUCCCACCUACCUACAUUGUCCUGCAGGUUUCUUCAGAUAUCCCAGAGAAAACUUUACUUUGGCUCAUAGACAAGAUUAGAGGCAAGAAACGUGAUGGUGGUGGCGAACUCAUCGUUAUGAAGCAGCUUUGCAACCCAGAGGAUGGCUACGUUCUCCACCUGUCAGCUUCCAAGAUCAAGUUCCUGGAAGUAGCCGAGGACAUGGAGCUGAUAAAGCAAGACCGCAACGGUCAGAUGCGGGAGUUCACCGUGGCGCAACUGGAAGACUUCCUGCCGGAAGAUAUGCACGUGGAAGACCUCCUCACCAUGGCGGAGAGGCAGAACAUCGUGAGGCAUGAAUUGGAGAAUAUCAGGGCUCUUGCAGAGGACGACCAUAUACCCGGCUAUCCCACCUACACCCUCUACGAAGGUCAGUCUAUCUUCCAGGUGCUGCAGAUGUACGAAAUCGUCACCAAGAUGUUCCCCUUGCACGACGACGAAACCUUGAAAAAGUUGGGGAGGAGCUGGUACAUGUCGGUGUUCAAAAAGCAGCCGUUUGAGAGACUGGCACCUAAUCGGUNGCUGCUAGUGUCCACCGAAACAGUGCCAUUCUUCUGCGCUUUCAACAUGGUAUCGGUUAUUCUUUUCCUUGAG